AAUUCCCGUCCCCUAGGUCUUAUGUGCUGGCCGAAGCAGUUCUGAUUUCCCCACCCUUCCAACGUUGUUCUUCACGAAUUUCAAGAUCGUUGGAUCUUUGCAGCCCAUAGGGUACCGCUGUAUAUACUUCCUCUCACAUGUUCCCAGCCAACUGCUUCCAGCGGCUGCAGUCUUCCACCGGCCUGUGGACAAGCUUGGCUCGUUCCAGAUCCGUCAAGCAACAUGCACUGACCUUCGCCCGUCGACAGAGCUCUAGUGUGCCCUUGAGGAGUACACGUUCUUGGUCCCCAAUCAUCAUUGGCUCUAUCGCCAGCGGACUUAUCGGAUAUUCCCUCAGCGCUUUUGGAAAGCCUUCUCUGACAUCUCAGGCCCAGGAGGAGGCGGAACCCACAUAUGGCACUCCGAAGGACUUUGAACAGGCUAUCAAGGAGCUUCGUGCUUUAUUCGACUCAGACGACGUUGUCUCCACCCAUCCGGAGGACCUUCGCAUUCACGGAUACUCGGAGAAUGACUAUCACCCAAAUGCACCGCAUACUGUCGUCGUAUUUCCAAGGAGUACAGAAGAUGUAGUCAAAAUUGUCAAGACUGCCGUCAAGUACCGUAUGCCCGUCACGCCUUUCUCUGGUGGUACAAGUUUAGAGGGAAGCUAUCGUGGUAGCCCUGUCGGUGGCAUUUGUGUUGAUAUGUCCGGCAUGAACAAGAUUAUCGAAAUUCAUGAAGCAGACUCGGACCUCGUUUGUCAACCCGGUGUCGGAUGGAUGGAAGUCAACGAGAUUUUGCGGAAUAAAGGCAUACCAUUAUUCUUUCCCUUGGAUCCCGGCCCAGGCGCAACCAUCGGUGGCAUGAUGAGUACUGGUUGUUCAGGCACGAAUGCCGUCCGCUACGGUACUGCGAAAGGCGAAUGGUUCUUGAACGCGACGGUUGUUCUUCCUUCUGGAGAAGUUAUCAAAACUCGCCAACGUGCUCGGAAAUCUUCAGCUGGGUUCGACACCACGAAGUUGUUCAUUGGUGCCGAGGGCACUCUUGGUAUCAUCACAGAAGUCACCAUCCGGUUAGCUCCUGUCCUCCCAACAACAGUCGCCGUCGUGCACUUCCCUGAUGUGAAACGCGCAACGGAGGCCGUCAUCGAUGUGCUCAACCGUGGUGUUGGCAUCCAAUGUGCCGAACUCUGCGACUCCGAAUUCAUGCGCUCUGUGAAUUUGUUUGGUGCUUCUCAGCGCAAAUACCCUGAACAGGACUCCAUUUUCUUCAAAUUCCAAGGUCCAACGUCUGCUUCGAUCGCGGAGACCGCUAAGAUCGUGAAGGAAAUUGUGCAGAAGCACGGUGGCACUGGUUUUGAACUGGCGCGUACCGAGAAGGAAGCGUAUGACUUAUGGGCAGACAGGAAAAAUGCACUUUUUUCUGGUUUGGCCCUCCUGGAAGGGAGUCGGGGGUGGAGCACUGAUGUUUGCGUGCCAAUUUCGAAACUACCGCAGCUUGUGUAUGAAACUAAGAAAGACUUGGAACGACUAGGCAUUGUAUCAAUAGUUGUAGGACACGCCGGCGACGGCAAUUUCCACAGCCUGCUUCUCUUCCGUAAUGACAAAGAGCUCGAGACCGUUCGCGAAGCUGUGCAUAUGAUGGUGGAGCGUGCGAUAAAGCUUGAAGGCACUUGCACUGGCGAACACGGGAUUGGGAUUGGGAAGCGGGAAUAUCUUUACGAAGAACUCGGCGAGGGAACAGUGGAGUUAAUGCGAUCUGUGAAAAGGACCCUUGACCCGCUGGGUCUGUUUAACCCUGGAAAGUUGUACCCAGACAAGAUAGAUAAGAAGUCAAAACAAUGCAAGCAUUAAUGGUUUUACGGC